AUGAUUUCUACAAGGAGAUUGCUGAUCGAGCUUCUUCAUCUCAGACCAAUCAUCCUUCUGUCUGGGAAGUUUCUCAGUCUCCUGCCUCAUCUGACAGACCUCGAGAUUAACUCAUGUGACUUUCAUGAUGAUUUCUACAAAGAGAUUGCUGAUCGAGCUUCUUCAUCUCAGAUUCAGAAGUUUAUCAUUAGUUACUUGUACCUACAUGACGAUCAAUCAUCAUCUGGCUAUCUGGGGAAGUUUCUCAGUCUCCUGUCUCAUUUGACAGACCUGACGAUUAACUCAUGUUCCUUUCAUGAUGAUUUCUACAAAGAAAUUGCUGACCAAGCUUCUUCAUCUCAGAAUCCUUACUUCAGGGAAAAGGAGCAUAUCAGCAUGCUACAGGAGUGGUCAGUAAGAAAACAACAACGACAGCAACUACAACAACAACAAUGGUGGUUAGAACAACGACAACAACAACAACAACAACGGUGCAACAACAACGAUGGUGGUUAG